GGACAAAGUACUUAGCCGGCACCAUCUCCAGAAGUCGUAUCCAGAAGAAGGGGUCGGAGGCAUCUGGCAGUCUCCAGAGCGCAGCUUCAAGGGGAGGCUCUGAGGUCUGCCCAGUGACUUGCGAAGGGACCGCCUCUCCCAGUGGGAGGUGUCACUGGUGGGUCCCCAAGAGAAGCCAGAGAGGCUCCUGCUUGCGUCUGGAGAAGGACACUGUUCCUGCCUGUUGGGGUCCUUUUACUUCUCCUGCUUCGGCUCUUGUUCAAGACUUUUCAGGUGUCAGAUGAGAAGGAGGCUGGAGAUUUUGCUAAAGUACAGAGUGGCAGGUUGAAGGGAGGAUUGGUUGUUACAAAGCCUUAGCUGUUCUAUUAAGGUUGCAGUGAAUUUGGAGUUUUGCAUCAGGCAGUGGGUCGCUUAUCCAGCUUCCACUCUUUGCUUUCACAGAAAUUGUCAGUUUCCCUGAAGAAAGGCGACAAGACAGGAUCCUCUACCUGCAAGUCUCUUUUGGAGUUCAAAAGCCAAGAGGACCAUUUUACUGGAGAUGAGCUUCCAUUUCGUCGUGAUGGUCCUUCUUUCUCUGCACACUGCUGAACUGGUGGAGACCUCACAGCGCCCACAAAAAUUGGUCCAGAUGCUGGUAUCUGCAGGGAAAUCUGUAACCAUUGAAUGUGUCUCUUCAGUAAGAGAAAAUAUUCAGUCCUUCCUGACCUGGUAUAAGGAAAAGCAAGACCAAAGCUUGAGGAAAAUUGACCACCAUAGUCAAUACUCAAAACCAGGAUUAUCCCCAGUGGAUGCCAUGGAUCUGAACAUCUUUCAUGCACAAAGGAAUGACUCUGGUGUUUAUUACUGUGCUCAGAUUAUCAAUGGGAUUUUCAGUAUUGUGAGUGGGACCAGACUGAUCGUUUCAGAUGCUUCAAGUCCAAGUCCUUUCAUCUUCAUGCCUUCCUUCAUGGAAGAGUCUCAGUUCAAUCAUAGCAUCCCCCUCCUCUGUCUCUUCUUCAACACACUUCCUUCUCAGCAUGCGAUCUCUUGGGAAAUUGGUGGAGAAAUGUCUCAUGAAGACUAUAAAAAUGUGAGUGUGAUAGACAGAGAAGGAGUCGUCAGCAUCUGGAGUCUGAAGCUGAUUCCUCCAGAGAAAUGGAUCCCAGGGAUGACCUAUGCUUGCUCAGACCAAGGGAACAGAAACAUCAGCGCUGUAAUCCCAAUGAAUCUCACAUCCAGAGUAAACUGCACUGCAAUAUUAUAUAUCGGGAUCCCUUGCAUUGUCGCUCUCCUGGCAGUUCUACUCAUGAUUGCCCGCUUCUGGAAGCAUGUCUUUGGAGGUAAUGCCGUUUCUAAAUAUAAUAUUAAUUCAAUCAUAUCCACUCCAAUAUGGAUGUUGUUGUGGACCAGGACAAAUGCAAGAUGCUCCACUUAAGCAGAAAAAAAAUGAAAUGCAAAGAUAUGAAUGGGGGAUGCCUGGCUCAAAAGCAGUACAUGCGAAAAGGAUCUUGAAGUCCUCGUGGGGAGGAAGGUGAAUAUGAGCCAACAAUGUGAUGUGGUGGCUAAAAAAGCCAAUGGGAUUCGGCCUGCAUAAAUAAGAGUCUAGUGUCAUGCUCCCCCUCUAUUCUGUCUUGGUCAGACCGCAACUGAAAUCACACUGUCCAAUUCUGGGCACCGGAUUGAAGGGAGAUGUGAACUCUAAGCUGGAAGGUGUCCAGAAAAGGGUGACUCAAAUGAUCAAGGGUCUGGAGAACAAGCCCUAUGAGGCGCGGCUUAAAGAACUGGGCAUGUUUAAUCUGGCUGAGGGUGAUGAAGGUGUAUUGGGAAAAUAUAAUACUUGUAUUGGAAAAUAUAUAUUGAAUGUAAUCAUGUUAAGAAAUAGAAAUAGGAAAAUAUGUAAUCACCAGCAGAUUGUGUGCUAGCCUUAAAAAUACACUCUGCUCAGCAAAAGCAAGACCUAAGUUCACUCUGAGUGCCAGGGACAUAUGUUAAGUGUCAACAAGAAUAGAUAAGCUAAUGGACAAGAGACAAAUUAAGGCUUUUUGGGAUGUCAAGAUAAGACCGGGCGCCAUGAGGGGAGUGCUAAUAGGUCUCUGACAUCUAAGAUAAGGGGGAACUCCUUAAUUAAUGAGAACCCCUAAUGGAUGAGAUGAGAAUUCCAGAGAUAAGGCUAAUGGAGGGUCAGGGGUCUUGAAAGUAGUCUAUAUUUUAGGAAAAUGCAAAGAUAGCUUUUUAGUAAGUGCACAGUAAGACUUUUUUGACACUAAUUGGUGAUGGAUAAUGCCUGCAUGACGUAGUAGAUGGAGGAAAAAGGAUAUAUAAGAACCUAUGAUCCUUUGUUCCAGUACCUUCACUUUCCUGACCACAGGAGAAGGUCUUUGCUUAUUCUCUCUGGCCAUUGAGAAUAAACGUCAUUUUUUCUACAGCCACCGGAACUCUCUUUGUCUCAUUUCCUCAAACCUUUGUCUGCCAUUUCAAGGGGAAGGCUGAGAGGAGACAUGAUGGGACACAUGGAUCAGGAUGUGAGGGGAAGGAAGUCAUAGGGAGGAGGGAACAAGCUUGUUUUCUGCUGCCCUGCAGACUAGGAUGCGGAAUGAUGGCUUCAAACUAGAGGAAAGAAAGGGGAUUCCACCUGAACAUCAGGAAGAACUUCCUCACUGUGAGAGAGAGCUGUUCAGCAGUGGAACUCUCUGCCCCGGAGUGUGGUGGAGGCUCCUUCUUUGGAGGCUUAGAGGCUGCAUGGCCAUCUGUUGGGUGUGCUUUGAAUGCGAUUUUUCUGCUUCUUGAAAGCGGGUUGGACUGGAUGGCCCACGAGAUCUCUUCCAGCUCUAUGAUUCUAAGAGUCUAUGAAAAUAACUUUGGCUCCUGUUCAUCUAGUCCAGGGGUCCCCAAACUAAGGCCCGGGGGCCAAAUGCGGCCCUCCAAGGUCAUUUACCUGGCCCCACCCUCAGUUUUAUA